ACUCACCAUCGUUCAGUCAAAUUGCCAAUCGCCCAUCAUGGAAUUUCAAACAACCUGGAUCCACUCAACUACGGUUGAUGAGAUCGAAGUGCGCAAGUUCGGCAGUUUCACCACCCUCCCUGUGAGGAUUAGCAGAUACAGCGAAAUCGCCAACACUGCCGCACAAAAGCUCGGUUGUAGCUGGGAUACCAACCUGGGUAUGCGUUCCAGCAACUUGAUGUCUCUUGCGGGAACCUCUGGGGCCAAUCUGUUCGCCUUGGCUCUCGCAGAGGCGUUGCCAGAUAGAUUGGCUACAUCUGUGAGACUGGCUCAAUUGGGCCAGUUGUGUGAUGCAUUCUGCGAUCAAUAUGGCCCGCAGAGCAGAGUGGAAAUCUACGAAAUGUUGACUCGAUGUCUCGAUCCGUGCCCUAUCGCAUCCUCCUGUUCGUGCUCUGGCGCGUGCAACAAGGAUUCGGGGGGCAAACAGACUCAGCUGCGAACACUGGCUUCCGAGGUGUUCACUGAAAUCGUUCAGGUCGAUCGUGAGCAUGGUAUGCUUGUGAUUGACCUCUUCAGGAAGGCCUUUGCAGCAGAACCAAUGGGCUUUGGGUGCAGGAAGAGUUCUCCACUUAGGACGCUAUGGCCUAUCCUCGAGUUUUCCAUCGCCCGUAGACUUAGCGAUGGGGACCGCAGCUUCCUUCGGGACAUUCAAAAUGUGGUUGAUGAAUGUCUGAUCUUGAUUGACGAGUAUUGGAAUGCGAAUGGGGCGGGAGGGUGCCAAACGGACUUUAGCCGGAUGGGAGGUCUCGCCGUCAAUACGGAAAGAGAAUGCCUUCGGAGCAAGAUCAUCGCACUGGAGACGCGCUAUCUCUCUCUCCGGGCGGAGCUCUACUGGAAGUAUCCUGCGGAGUCGAUGCGUCUGCGGCGUUGGAUCGAAGCCGCGGGAGUGGUGAUGGCAAGCUACAAUUACUGGCGGGCUUCCUCCUCUUCAACCAGUUCCUGUUCAUGGUCUACAACGGAAUUGACACGUUUGAGUUCGCGAGCGUCUAACAUCUCCCUCUCGUCUACUCAGACUUUCUCAGGCAGCUACAGUGACAAAGAGGGAGCCGCAGCCUUGACUGCUCCAACCAGCUACAUCAGCUCUUUACCACCUUCACCCUCGGUCCAAAUCCUCAACCAAGCCCCCUCUGCCCUGAACGCAUGGACCCAUGCGCCUGCUGCAACCGUCAAAUGUAUCUCUUCUCUCGUCACGUCACUACACAAUGCUACCACUAUUCUGUCGGAUAUCAACGCCGACACCACCCAGCGAUACAACCAAGGCGCAGCGCAUACCAUCUUUGGCACUUCCCAAGCUACCAACAGCGCUUACUACACCUUUAUCCAAUCGAUGACGGAUGCGCGCACCCUGAGCAACCCCUCUCUGGCGACUGAUAUCCUCCUGGGAGGAUUCAACCGUCUGUAUGCGGGGCAGAGCCGGGAGCUGAACUGGAUGUUCAAUUCUUAUGUGCCUUCUGAGACCGAGUAUCUCUCGGUUAUCGAUGAUACCACCGGAUCGCUGUAUACCAUCCUCGUACAGCUCCUGCAAGCAGAACGGUGCAUGUGUGGCUACCAGCCCGACCUUGUGCCCCUGGCCAAGCUGCUGGCGCGGUUUGUUCGUGUGAAAGAGGACUACCUCUCUUUCACGAACCGGGAGAGAAAGAUGGCGGUAUCCUGCGGCGACGAGCGAGCAUUCUCCUAUCCCAUCAUUCAACUCGCCAAUGCGAGACCCGAAAGCCGGGCGGAAGUGUCGAAGUUCUUGUUUGACCGCAAAGAAGCCAGCAAGAACAGUCACUGCCUGUGCUCCCGAGAUUGGAAGGGUGAUUCCUGCGGCUCUACCGUGAACUACAACUGUCUGAUGCUUCUGCUUACGGACUGCGGGGCCUUGCGGGCAACACGGGAGUUCCUCCGCGAUACGGAGAACAGUAUUGAGAAGGAAGUGAUGCAGUUGGAGAAGCUGACGGGCGAGGUGAACCCGUCGAUUCGGUGUCUCAUUUCGGACUUGCGGGAAGGUCUGGGGUGCCAGUUUAUACCAUGUACAUGAGUCGGCUAUACGCCAGGCAAACAGAUGAGACCUCACUCAGUUCCAACUCAGAUGCAAUCCUUAGAGAUAGUCAUGUAUCUGAUGUAUACAUUCCCACUAUAUGUACACUGU